AUGACAGAUACGCCACAGACGACUGCGGGUGCCGAUCCCAAGGAGGCCAGGGUCCUCGAACAGCAUUUAGACCCAAGCUACGACUUCUCGGAGUUUGACCCAGCAACACCAGCACAGGAAGAGGGCACAGACAGCGCUUCCAACUCAGGCGACCGUCAACUUCCGGAAUCAUCGUUGCGGCUACAAGGUGGCGACAUCCACCGUGACCUGUACAAGAUUGCCGCACAGAACAGACGGCAAAAGUUGCAUCAACGAGCAGCAACCUUCUCUGACGCAGUUCAUUUUGGCCGCAACAGUGCACCAUCAAUUUCAGACGUUGAUCAUGACGAACUUCCCGUUCGCGACCAGCUUGCACCCGGCGGACUGAGACGACAAUACUUACAGCGGCAAAGCAAGCGUGUCAGCUACAUCUCGGAGCCUGUCACGCGAAACUUCAUCUCGUUUCUUGAGUUGUACGGUCAGUUUGCUGGUGAAGAUCUUGACGAGGAUUCGGACGAAGAGUCUGCCGUUGAAGAUGAGGAAGAAGAGGGGCAAGGCGAGCGCAGACCACUUCUCGGACGACGACAGAGUUCGAAGAGGCUGAGAGCUCAGGGUGACGCAGAUCAAGUCAAGACCUUCUUUACUCUCCUGAAAGCUUUCAUCGGUACCGGAAUCAUGUUCUUGCCCAAAGCAUUCAAGAAUGGCGGAAUGCUGUUCUCCUCCAUCACCAUGAUCAUGGUAUCAGCCAUCACCGCGCUGUGCUUUGAGUUGCUCUUGGCGACGAGGAAGCGAUACGGUGGUGGAGGUUAUGGUGAUCUAGGUUCCAUCGUCGUAGGACCAAGAUUCCGUGCCCUGAUCCUCGUCUCCAUCACGCUCUCGCAAAUCGGCUUUGUAUGCGCUGGUCUCAUCUUCACAGCAGACAACCUCCGAUCAUUCCUUGACGCUGUCACUCACGCAGAGGAGCCGCUGUCAACUAACGCGCUCAUCGCUAUACAGGUCGCCGUUCUGAUCCCCAUGUCCUUCAUCCGGAACAUCUCCAAGCUCGGACCUGCUGCUCUUCUCGCCGACGUCUUCAUUCUCAUCGGCCUCACAUACAUCUACUGGUACGAUAUCUCAUGGAUCGCCAAGAUGGGAGGCUUCCAUCCGUCUAUUGAGCUUUUCAACCCUCGCGACUUUACCAUGACUAUCGGUUCAGCCAUCUUCACUUUCGAGGGCAUAGGGCUUAUCCUUCCCAUCCAGUCCAGCAUGAAGGAGCCCGAACACUUCAGCAAGCUACUAUACCUUGUCAUGCUCAUCAUCACCGUCAUCUUCACGUCCGUCGGCGUGCUCUGCUACGGGACCUUUGGCGAGAACGUCUCCGUCGAGGUCAUCACCAACUUCCCUCAGACCAGCAAGCUUGUCAACGCUGUCCAGUUCCUCUACUCCAUGGCUGUUUUAGUCGGCACACCGGUGCAGCUCUUCCCCGCUAUGCGUAACAUCGAGCUUAAAAUCUUUGGCCGCGCAUCUGGCAAGCAGAGCAACAUGACCAAGUGGAAGAAGAACGCUUUUAGGACUACUCUCGUGAUUUUCUGCGGUCUCAUUGCUAUUCUUGGAGCUAGCGAUCUGGACAAGUUUGUCGCGCUUAUUGGAAGCUUUGCUUGUGUGCCUCUGGUAUACAUUUACCCUGCCUUCCUGCACUACAAGGGUGUGGCCAAUCGUCCUUGGGAGAAGUUUGGCGAUAUUUCCAUGAUGGUUAUCGGACUUGUUGCCAUGGUAUACACUACCAGCAUCACGCUUGCCAGAUGGUCUGAGACUUGA